ACCGGGAGGAAGCACCUGGCUUCUGGCUUCGGAUCGGCGCAGCUCUGGUCUUUGCAGCCAUUUGGGGAGUGAACUAACGGAAGGAAGACCUUUUCUCUGUCUCUCUCUCUCACUGUCUAUAACUCUGUGUCAAAUAAAUAAAAUUUUUUUAAAAAUCCCUCCAGUAUGGGAUGCUGUCAUCACAAACAGAGGCUUAACCCACUGCCCCGUAACCCCGCCCCCUUUGUUGAUUUUUUCAUAGCACUGAAAUAUUGUUUGCAUAUCAAAGUUGCUAUGUACAUCUGGCCUUUCGUGAUUAUUAGCUAACUGCUCUGCCUUCAUCCGUGUGUAUCCUUUAGCCCUUACAGAGUGCAGGUUCUUCAGGGAGAUCCCAUGAAGGCACAGAAAGAUAAACUAGACAUGCUGGCUGGAGGCAGAUCCUACUCUAGUAUUUCAGGUGGAGGGCAUGCCUCUCACUCUCUAGAAGGUUCUGAUCAAAGAUGGGGAACAACAAAAAAAUUGCUUCAGUCCUAAACCUGUGUUGCUCAAGCCAAAACUGCUGUUAGCUUUCACUGAAAGGAGUGGUCACUUCAGGCCCCAAACAGUGAAGGAUGAAUCUGGAAAAGGAAGAGGCCUGGGCUCUGCAGAGGACCCCGGGUUCGGGGGUGGUCCACGGCCUUUUACCGGUGGGAUUUCGUUGAGCCCCGUGAGGCUGUGUGGAGAUGGUGAAGUUGUGUAUUAACCCACCCUCUGCACAGCUGGGUCCCAGGUUUGCAGAGGAGAGAAGGCAGUGGCUCUAACGUGAGGGGCCAUCCCUCCCUCCCCAGAAGCAAAAGUCUAGCCUGGUGGGGGAAGGCAGAUUGCUGGCUGGAGAAGUGUUUCGGAACGUGGACUCUGAGGUAUGGAAGAACAGAGGAAAGAGAGAAAACAGUGUUGUCCAUGUAUCUGCGGGAGUGAAACUUGAACUAACACUUGCAGAGUCCUAGAUGGAAAGGAAGAAGAGGGAAGAGCUGGGGGGAGUCUGUGCACCACAGUGGUACAAGUACUGUGCACAUGGCCAGGUGCUGUGGAGUGCGUUGCCUAGAGUGUGACAGCGACCCUGUGAAGUGGGUUGAGAUUAUCCCCAUUUUACAGUUGGAAAAGCUAAGGUUCAGAGGAGUGAUUUACAUGCUUAAAGUCCCCCUGUUAAUAAGAAAAAGAGGUUGUUAGCAGACACAACACAGAGAAUCACUGUACUAAAGAGAUUGAGAUAGAAAUGAACAUGGCCUUUUUGGCCGGAGCCGCCAUCUUCCAGUAAUUCGCCAAGAUGACGAACACAAAGGGAAAGAGGCGAGGUACCCGGUACAUGUUCUUCAGGCCUUUCAGAAAACAUGGAGUUGUUCCUUUGGCCACAUACAUGUGCAUUUACAAGAAAGGUGACAUUGUGGACAUCAAGGGAAUGGGUACUGUUCAAAAAGGAAUGCCCCAUAAAUGUUACCAUGGAAAAACUGGAAGAGUCCACAAUGUUACCCAGCAUGCUGUUGGCAUUGUUGUAAACAAACAAGUGAAGGGCAAGAUUCUUGCCAAGAGAAUAAAUGUGCGUAUUGAACACAUUAAGCACUCUAAGAGCCGAGAUAGCUUCUUGAAACGUGUGAAGGAAAAUGAUCAGAAAAAGAAGGAAGCCAAAGAGAAGGGUACCUGGGUUCAACUAAAGCAUCAGCCUGCUCCACCCAGAGAAGCCCACUUUGUCAGAACCAAUGAAAAGGAGCCUGAGUUGCUGGAACCCAUUCCUUAUGAAUUCAUGGCAUGAUAAAUGUAAGAUAAAUAAAUAAGACCUAAUUGAAAAAAAAAAAAAAGAAAUGAACAUGGCAAGAGGGGGAGAUCUACACACAGAACCGAGUUCCUGCACGUUGCAGGAGGGUGGGAAGUACAGUUGCAUCGGAAAGGCAGGGUUAGACUCUGUGCAAGACUUGCCACGUCCUUGUAUCCAGAACAAGACCAGGCUGUCUCCCAGGUUCACGUCCUGUCUCCUCACAGCCUUCACCGAAUUGCCCUUAAUUAUCCCUCCUUCUGGUGCUACUGCUUUCGCAUAAGCCACUUCCUCUGCCUGGAGUAGCCUCUGCCCUCUGAGCUUGGGAAUGCUGCUCUCAUUUCUCCAUGUGCCUCCCUCAG